AUGUCCGAGCUGCCCGCAGGCAGCAGGGUCCCGCGGACGGACGGGGCGAAUGGCAACAGCGACGUCCAGCAGGCGGAGGCGGGCGGCGGGAGGCGGGAGCCUGUCCCAGUCCCGGCGCAGCCUGCGGAGACCAGGGCAGGUCCGAUGGCGGAGACCAGGGCAGGUCCGAUGGCGGAGACCGGGGAAGCCCGGAUGGCGGAGACCGGGGCAGGUCCGAUGGCGGAGACCGGGGCAGGUCUGAUGGCGGAGGCCAGGGAAUGUCCGAUGGCGGAGGCCAGGGCAGGUCCGAUGGCGGAGGCCGGGGCAGGUCCGAUGGCGGAGGCCGGGGCAGGUCCGAUGGCGGCGCCCAGGGAAGCCCGGAUGGCGGAGGUCGCCCGAUUGUUGGCGGAGCCGGCGGAGGAAGAGGGUCCCAAGGGCAGGUCCAGGUCCGGGCCCAGGCCCGGCCCAGGCGUGGCCGCGUUGCGGUACCUCCGCCUCCGUCGCCCGGGCGCUUUAGGAACGAUCUCCCCGCGCCUCCUGCGCCGCGGUCUGGAGCCCCGCCUGACCGCCCGGCGCGGGACGCGGGAGCUGGCAGCGCCGCGGGAGAGGCGUGCCGCCUGCAGACCAGGCAGCCGCGUCUGUGCCGAGUGUCAGCGCAAUCCUCCGAGGACGGAUUUUGAUAUCUUAACAUUGACUGUCGCUCUGACUGCGUCUGAGGUUAUGCAUCCUCUGAUAGAAAAACUUGUCUGGUCGGCCCGGUGGCUUAGCGGUUAA